ACAGCCAUUCAAGCUGGUCUCAGUCACUUACUGCCUCUCUCUGUCUAUCAAUGAAAGUGUUGCCUGGUGACGCUCCACAAAGCCCAUUAUUACAUCAGCAAAAGAGAUGUCAGGGAUCCGUGUGUGUGCUGGCAUGUGGUUGCCUUACAUUUCCCUAAGGCUUGGAGUGAAAUGCAUCCUCUAAAGUAAACCAAGGGAGGCUCCAGGAUCAGGAACAACACUGCCUUUGUGGUGCUCUAUUUGUGGAUUAGUAUGUGAACAGGGAGCAAAAGAGGAUAGUGUGCGUCUGUUUCUGACAUGUCUGUGUAAGUGAACUGCAUCCACUGAUCUACCAUGGAAUAUGAUUUUCACAGAAAGAGGACAGUAAAAUCGGUCUUACAAGCAAGCUGUUAUAAAGUGGCAGAUGCUGCAGAACUUGCUUUGCUGACAAGGCGUUUGUGCCAGGAAAUGGGACAGACAAACCUGCCUCUCCUUGAAGACAUCCCUUGGUGUCACAUUUUAACUCUGCGGCCAGCUGUCACUGUUGAAAGCAGGCUGAUCCCAUCAGUACAGACAUUAGAGGCUGAAAGGAUGUUUGAAUCCAAAAGAUUGAAUAAGAUUGACCUUGAAAACAAGACCGCGCAGCAAACUGAGUCUGACCUGAAGGGCAAGAGAAUUGGUGCAAGGAGGCCACUUCCACCCUUCUGAUGGCCUCAUUCUAGGCCGAGAUCUUUGAAGCCCUGGCUCCAGUCUCACUCAGGUUUCUUACUCAGUUAGAACUCCCGUCAGUGCCAACAGUGCAAAUCGUGGUCUCACUUUGCGCCAUUGUAACAGAUCGUCGCCAGCAAAAACCGACCUUCAGAAAAAUUCUGCUGUGAGUAAGGACUUCAAGAAUUGGCCCGUUACUUCCAGGAAUCCUCGUGACUCAACACUUACCUGCCUAGCAAGGAUGAGCUAACACAUACAGCUCAGUUUGGAAUACACAGGAAAGCUGGAUGUAGGCGAUGACUAGGUCAUGAAUAAAUUCUAUCCUUGUACCAGU